CCGGAUACAUACGAGCCAAGCUGAGCUGGCAGCUGUUUUUGGCUUCCGUCCUAUCGCUGGAGUGACUGCGGUCAUUGUUUUUAGUCGUUUAAUUGAGCACGUUCAGUCAACUGUGGUGAUAGUUGGUGAUCCGUCCGAGACACAGAAAAGAAGCUGUAACCUCUUGCGAGUUUCCCUUCGAACGUCGAAGCGACCGUGUUUGUUGUCGUUGCGCCUUUCCACACUCCUACGUGACCUUGCUAACUGCGGUCAGCCUGACAUCAGUCAUCGCCCAGUGUUUCUUGAGCAUUUCCAAUGGCCGUCUUCAAGGAGGAGAGUGACAGAAAGUGCUACGGUUCUAAAAGUAAAUCUACCAAAGAAAAAACUGAGCUGCUCAAAGUAAAGUACUUUCAGGCAGCUACCGUCACCACGAAGGCACUCGUGAAUUACCUAGUUGUAGUGCUGAGCCUCACCCUCUGGGCAACUAAAGGAUACAAAAAUAUGCACAGCUAUUGUCGUCAAGGGUUAGGAUGGAGGCCUUCCCUGAUGGCGAAGAUUUUCUCAGCUAGUGAGAGGAGGAUCUUGAGGAAAAGCCCGGUUUUCGAGUCAUACAGCCCUCUGUUGAAUUUCAAGCUUCUCAAGAGAGCUUUCAGAGGGAUGGGUCAUGAUGUAGCAAAGCAGGUAGAGGCAUUAGAGCGUGCGCCCUUGAUGUCUUGUCAUGCCCCACCUCAGCUACCUGAUCAAGUUCACUUGUACAGGUGCCUUCAGAAACUCUUAGCCCAACAACAAACGCUUCGAGAUGCUAUCGUUCAGCAUUCUUUAGGAGCGUUGGAAGAAAAAUUGACAAUCUUGAGAGAAGAAGCCACGGAGAUAAAACGAAGGAUUGCUAAAGUUUUUUCUGACUUAACGGAACUUCAGGUAACUUUAGUUAGCAUUACUAUGAUCAACUCGUCUCUGCUGAUGGAGUCAUGCCAUGCACAACUAUUGGGUAGUGAGACAUGUAAUGAGAAUUUAAGGAAAGAAAUUUCCUCUAAUAUGACAAAAAUUCAUGCUUCAUCAGAGAAACUGGCCUUCCUCGACAUUUCUCUGACAAGAGAUACUAGAAAAUACAAGAGAGUGAAAGAGGAUAUAAAAGAAGUGGAAGAGCUGUACUUAUCUAUCAUAAAGGAAGAUAUUUUGCCCGACAUAGUAUUUGAAUUACGCUGUAUAGUAAAAUCCAACUGGAAUGAUCCUGACCUUAGAAAAUACCAUAAAAUUCUUUGUGACCAGAGAAACGUUAGAAAAGACAGACUAAGAGCUAUUGGUAAACUAGAAGUGAUGUCAUUUAAUCCAAGGUUUGCAACAUCUCAGGUUGACAUCAACAAAUGGCUCUUUGGCAAAGAAAGGACCCCGUUAUGUGUGAACAAGAUAUAUUCAUUGUUAAGAAGAACAGAUACCCAUGAACUAUUGACUGUUGAGGAGCUGUUUAGAAAUAACAUUCCCAAAUUCAUGGUUGUAACCGGACCAAUAGCAUCUGGGAAAACUUGCCUCUCUCAGUAUCUUUAUGACCUUUGGCAAAGUGGUGCCCCUGCGAUUGGAUUUAUUCAGAGAACUGACUUGGUAGUCUAUCUUGAAACUGAGAAAAUCACUUCUAAGUCUUUCAUUCCCCAUCUGAAGAAAAUGUUUCCUAGAUCUCUACUUGGUCUUGAGGAUGCUGAAAUCUUUUCGCUUCUUCGGCAAUUCAAAGUGCUCUUCAUCAUCGAUACGAGCUUGUCUAUGACCACCUCAGCCCUUGAAGCUAUAAAGGAACUUGCCAAGUCUUUGGGAAAGAACAAAAUUCUUGUAACAACCAGACCAGAGAAGCAGGCAUUAGUUAGUCAUUGCCUUAGAAUUGGACAUUCUAGACCAGUUAUAUUGACAAUUGAGCCACUGCACAAGCCUCUGCUACUGGAAUACUGUCACGAUACUUUCAAAGCUCUGAACAGAUUUGAUGAAGCUCUGAGAUCUACAGUAAAAGGUGAUCAUUUUGUUAGCAGAAGGCCAUUGAUGAGUUAUGGGGUACCUCUGGCUUCUCGGCAUCAUUCUUCUUCACUCGUCACAGCUGGACAAACAAAAGGAAACCAGGGUCUUGUGGGGAACUCAAAUAUUGAACAAUUUUGUAGUCAACUCAGUGAUGAUCUGGAUACAAAGGUGAAAGAAAGCGAUCUAUAUUACCCUUUUGCCUUGUCUUACCUGUGCUUUCUGUGGCUUGAGGAUGCCUAUGCUGUGAAAGACGUUUCCUCUCUGCAAGAACUGUUAGAGGCUAUCCUUGGAAAUUGUUGUGCCAGGUUGAAGAGUGUACUCACAGAAAAUUAUUCUGCCUUCAAAGCAGAAAUUAUGGAUAAAGUCAAAGUUAAAAUGGAAAAUUUUUAUUCAUUGACUGCAAACCCAAUUGCAAAUGAUAAUGAUUUAGAUGGUGUCACAAAUGUAAACUUUGACCAUUGCAAAGAAGUCAGUCACCUUUCAAGAGAAAUUUCCGAAGCUUUCUCCCCUUUUCUAGUUUGCUCUGGCUUACAUUCGCCAAGGAAAUGCAACCAUCAUCCAAUAUUUUUGCACCCUUGCCUUCAUGAGUUUUUAUCUGCUAGCAAAGUUGCGUCUUCACUUGAUUCUGGGAGAAGGAUUUCAUUUGGCAAACGUAGCAUCCAGGAUAUUUUUUCCAUUGACAAAGUCAUGAACACUGGUGGAAAAUACCUUGAUACAACUAAGUUUAUUUGUGGUGCUUUGUCAGGAAGACAAAUUUUAAACAGGCAUCUUUCAGAGUAUGUAGUAAAGUUAUUCAUGUCAAACGGUGUCAGCAGCAAAGACUAUUGUUCGUGGCUGAGUUUGCUCAGUAUGGGCAAAUGGCAAGCCUCACUGGUAAAAGCUGUGAGCAAAGUAUUAAAUGCUGAAGCAGCAGUCAAGUUCCCUGUUCACAGUCUUGAUGAGAGUAACGCCCUCUGCACUCUCCUCAAGAAUCGCGUGUUUCAGCCUAAAAGCAUCUCACUUACAGCAGGAAUUUCUGAAAGUGUUGUCGAUGCUCUGUCUUUCUGCACAGGUGCUGAUGUCUACAUCAUUCCAUCAUCAGAGUAUUCUUGGCUCCAACAAGAAAGAGACCAAGCCUCUUUACUCAAUGUACUUUCCAAAAUAAAAAGCAUUGUUGAACUAUGGGGUAGACUUGACGAGGCAGAAGUUCAGCUCUUGAAGGGAAUGUCUCGUCUACACACUUUACACAUUCAUAUAUCUUCUGUCAGUGCUCUAACAGCCUUUAGCAACAGCCUCUGUACCUGCACUAACCUUCAGGAGAUCUUCUUACACCUUGAUCUUCCUUUUACCCUGUCACCCGAGAUGGUUCCACACGUCCCUUGCCCUGCAAAGACAAAUGUCAUCCUAACUUUGACGGGUAUAACAGGAACAUUUUCAAGCUGGGCAGUGAGGGUGGUGAAGCGACUUGGUUCUUGCGUGCACCAAGUGCAUUUAGCACAGGCGUCUCUAUCUCCAAGUGAGCUGCACUACAUCAAAAGGAAUCUGAAGCCUGUUGUUGUUCAUACUUGUAACUAAAACCUUUCACUGCUGAUUUCUUACUAUCAUGGAUGAAGAAAGGUCAAGAACAUGAUUCAAGGGCAUUGGUGCUCGGUAGUGAAUUCAAGAAGACUGGUGUCGACCUUACCUCUGAAAAAGAGUCUGCAGGAAAUACAAAGAGGUGCUCUCGUUAAAGAUGACAAUUACCUCUGGCUACAAACAUCGUGAAAAAAAAUAAAUAAAUAAAAAAAGGCGUGUCUGUGCACAGACACAUGAGAAAACGACAGUUUCUGUGUACAGACCUGCCAUAAACAACGACUUCUGAAUUCCCGCCAUGAAAACAGAUCUGCGAUCCACAUUCGUUGAUUUAUCUAGUCAUUUCUCCGUUAACUAUGAGGGCUCUCAUCCGUGAAGGACAUCCUCUUGUGUGAAGGAACCGCCAUUCUUGGAAGAUCCCCAGUUCGUCAGCAUAUCCUGCAGAUGGCAGCUGCUGUCUUGGGUUCACGGAAAAUGCAGAUCGCGCUGGGAAAUCUGUCAUACAUAUCUCUAUGAAUUCGCUUCGUUUACGAAAUCGCUCCGAGUAACUCAGACAUUGGGGUUGUAUUCGUAAAUAUUCACAGCCCUCAUAAACGAACUGUGAAGAAGAAGAAGAAGAAGAAGAAGAAGAAGAAGAAGAAGAAGAAGAAGGAGGGGGAGGAGUAGAAGACGAAGAAGAACAAGAAGAACAAGAACAAGAACAAGAAGGAGGAGGAGGAGCAGGAGCAGGAGAGGAGGAGAAGAAAAAGAAGAAAAGAGCUUUAUCACUGCAGAAACAGGGAGGACAAUAAAACAAGAUGAACAAUGUCGUUAUGUAAAUAGAAAAUUUUACAA